UAAGAAAUUUUAUACAAGAAAGUAUCUGGUGAAUCUUCAAAUUGUAGAACUCAUCACUUUCAUAGAAAUUUUGACAGUAAUUAAACAUAACCUCCCUGUUGAAAACGUCAAAGAUCAAAACAAAAUAAAAACCAAAUCAAAGAUAUCGAUAUUAAUGGUAUAAUCUCACCUCAAAUUUUCUUUUAAAAUGGCUUCAAAUUGGAAUAGUGAUUACUAUGUCGCUUUGGAAGGAAAAGACUUACAAGCCAAUGCUAUGGCUGUGGAUAUAACUGGCACUUACGUCCUGCUCGCUGGGAGGCGAUAUGUGGCACUUCGCAACCUUGAUGAGGAAUGCGAAAUUGUUCAGAAGUUUCCGAGGCAUAGCAAAUACGAUGUUGGGGCAGCUGAAUGGAAUCCAACAAUGCAUCAUAGAGAUUUGUGUGUCAUAUCUAGCAACCAAAGACUUGAAGUACUCACAUGGAGGAUGGAAGAACUAACUCAAACCCAUUGUCUUAAAGCACAUAACAGAGUAAUAACAGACCUUAACUGGCAUCAAAUGGAUCCUAAUCUAUUGGCAUCUUGUUCUGUUGACACUUUCAUACACAUUUGGGAUUUGAGAGAUUCUAGACGACCUGCACUUUCCCUAUCAGCUAUAGCAGAAGCUUCCCAGGUUCGAUGGAAUAGGAUAUCUCCCAACCUCUUGGCCACUGCACAUGAUGGGGACAUUAAAAUAUGGGAUCAAAGAAAAGGUACAUCUCCAGUACAAUAUGUGGCUGCCCAUUUGUCCAAAAUACACGGGUUAGAUUGGAGCAGAACUUCCGAGACACAGUUUGCUACUUGUAGUCAGGAUAAUACUGUGAAAUUCUUUGACACAACGAACCCUAGAAGAGCAGAAUAUAUUUUAACGACCAAUGCACCAGUUUGGAGGGCUAGAUAUACUCCAUUUGGAAAUGGCCUUAUAACUGUUGUUGUGCCCCAAUUAAGAAGAGGAGAAAACAGCUUAUUACUAUGGAACACAGCUAAUAGGGCAACUCCAAUGCACACCUUCAUGGGUCACAAAGAUGUAGUUCUAGAGUUCGCCUGGAGGUAUAAACGACCUGGAGAAUCAUGCUUUCAAUUGGUAACAUGGUCCAAAGAUCAAACUCUACUUAUUUGGAAAAUUGAACCUUUCCUACAAAAAUUAUGUGGUUAUGAACCCGAAGUAGCACAGGAUGUACUAUCUCAUCAUAAUCCUAAGGAAAACACUGAGAGAGUGUUGAAAAAAGCUCCACCCAAGGUGGAACCUCUACAACAGGAAUUCUCACUUCUCAAUGUUCACAUACCCAACCUAGAAGUCAAAAGUAUGAAUUUGAAUGAUCGCUUAUGCUCUGUGAGAGCCACUGUGAGCCGAUUUUCGGUAAAUUUACAAAUCACUUUUCCUGCCGCUUAUCCACAUGGAGUUCCACCAGUUUUUGAGAUCAAGGAAAAUUCUCAGGUUAACGAAAAUAUUGCAACCCAGUUGCUUCAAACUUUGAAUCAUUUAGCACAACAAAGAGUUUCCAAAAAUAGGACCUGUUUAGAAUCAUGUUUGAGGCAAAUGGUUACCACUUUGGAACAGUUAGUCACUGAUACAGAAGCUGAUAGAAUGUAUGAGAACAGUUUUAUUCAUUCAAAUACUUUAGGAGGGUUCAUUGAUGCCUAUAUACCAUUUCCUAGAACUUCUGGUGCUAAGUUUUGUUCUGUUAAUACCCUUGUAUGUUUUGGGAGAUCUGGGCAUAGUCGGAGAUUAUCUACAAAGAUGGACAUCGCUACUCCAAGGGCACUAUCGGCCUUGGAAAAUCUUCUAGCCAAAAGAUCCCCAUAUAACUUAUCAGUCUCCAACUAUUAUUUUCAACGGUCAAGAUCAAGGAGCAAGCACUAUUCCAAGCCCACCAAAGCAGUUGUUCAUAUUUAUGACGGCUCUGGUCUGUUCCUGGUACAUAAGCAAUUGGCUGAAGAAUACAUUCUUGAUGGUGAUGUUGGAACAGUUUGUAAGCAUAAUGCUGCAGCUGCUGCACUUGUUGGAAGAUGGGAUCUUGUGCAAGCUUGGGCACUGGCAGAGCUCAUUGCUUGUUCUGGGCAGGUUGAAGAUGAGGAAUGGACACAGCAUCCAUUCAACAUUCGGCUCAUGAAAUCUUUAAUAUCUCAUUAUGCUUCACUCAAUGAUGUCCAAAUGGCUGCAAUGCUUUGUUGUAUUUAUGGAAAAGAACAAGAAAGGGCUAGAAGAAUGCUGAAAAAUAAAGAAAAAUUUACUAAGUCCCAGGCUCAUUUUAAACUUGUACCAUCUACGUUUUCUUCUUCCAAACAUAGCAAACAUAUGUUACAUAAGUCAUGUGGCUCGCCUUAUCAUACUAUUCCACCAGCAGAUGUUCUGGCAGAAGGUUGGGUGUUCCCGUCGUUAGAAACAAUAAAAUCCUCAUCUUCCCUAGAUUGUUUAUGGUCUGAGAGUCCUCUAAAAACGGAAAAAACCCCUGCACCGCCCAAUUACGAAUAUUAUAAAUUGGCCUAUGCAGAAAUACUUCACAGGUGGGGCCUGCUAUAUAACCGAACAGAAGUGCUGAAGUACUUAACGACACCCCCAGAACAGCAUAAAGGUGUUGAGUUCCUCUCGGACUGCAAAUCGUGUACAAAGCCGGCGCGUGCUUCAAAUUGUAGUAGUUGUCGAAAACUUACCCUUAAUUGUAUUAUUUGUCAUUUGUCGGUAAGGGGGUCAGCUAAUUGUUGUAUUGUUUGCGGCCAUGGGGGUCAUACCACACAUCUAUUGCAGUGGUUUCAGACAAAUAGUGUAUGUCCCUCUGGUUGUGGAUGUAGGUGUGUAUAUGAAACUGCAACUGUGUUUUGAAUGGAAAUUCAGAAUUAAACUAGACUAAAUUACACGAUUUUCACCAGGAUGAGUUAUGUAACUACCACACAUGUAUAUAUCACCAAAAGAUGCAAAACACGUAUAAGGCUAAUUAACUCAUCGUUGCGAAAAUCAUAUAAUUCAGUUUCUAUUUUAUGUUAUGCUAUUCUGAGUAUUCCAAAAAUUGAACAGAUUUGUGAUAUUAUAUAAGACGACUGAAUAUUAUUUCAUAAUAUGAAUUUUACUGUAAUUUGAAAUUAAAUCUUAAUAAAUCCAGUCCAUUUCA